AUGACUAAAAUAUCCAAUAACUUCAAAAAAGUCAAUCAUGACCAAAAUAAGGUUAGCUUUGAAGCAAUAAAGUAACAAUUUAUCAACAUCCCUCAUUCUAAUUUGCUACAAAAUUGUGAAAUCAAAUUAAAAUCAGUUGAUUAAUCUGUUAAAUAAAAUGAUUAUUGUUAUGCACUAGUUUUUAAUGCUUCUGGGUCAAUUAUGGUAUCAACUGAAAAUAAAGAUAUUAAAGUAUGGAGUGUUUUAAAUGGAAUAAUCAAAUUAGGAAAAACAUUGUAAGGACAUACUGAUUGGGUCCAUUGUUUAGUUUAUAGUAAAAAAUAAGAUUCAAUUAUUUCUGGAGAUAAAGCAAUUAGAUGCUGGCAAAAAUUGAACUAAAAUGAUUGGAUUAGUUCAUAGUCUUAUGAAUAACAUACAAAUACUGUUGUGUGCGUUAUAUUAAAUUAAAAUGAGGAUUUACUAUUUUCUGGAAGUAAAGACAAAUCAAUCAAAGUUUGGAAGGUUGAUUUUAAUCACAACGAAUUAACAUUUCUGUAAACAUUAGAUAAACAUAAUAAUGAAGUAAUGUCAUUAAGUUUAAAUUAAUCGGAAAAUGAAUUAGUAUCAUGUGCAAAUGGUGAGAAUUAAAUAAUUAUUUGGGAAAGGAGAGAGAAUAAUCAAUUUGUAUACAAAUAUUUUGUUAAAUAAUCAAUUAAAGAAUAAGGACAUAAAGUUAAGUUUAUUAAAGAUAAUUAAUUUAUUUGGAUAACCGGGGGUAAUCAAAUAGAUAAACUUUAUGUAUUUGAAUUAGAAAAAAGAGUCUUUUAAGAAAAUUAGGGGAAGACAAUUCAAUUAAAUGCAAAUAAUCGAAUUUUGGAUAAAUAUUGUUUUCCAAUUAUUUAUAAUAGAGAUAGAAAUAUUAUCUUAGUAAGGCAUAAGACAUAUAUUUAUAUCAUCAGAGAAAUUUAUGAUGGCAAGUACAAAAUUUAAAAUUUAUUGGAUUGUGAAACAAAUUCAAUUUAUGGAACUAUCACAAAUAACGGGUAACAUUUGGUAUAUUGGGAUGACAAAAGGAAAGGAUAUUCGACAUAUGAAUUAAUAAAUAAAUGA